UAUAAUAUCUGCUUUGAUAAGGGUCGAAAUUUACGUGUUCCUGAAACGGUACCAUUCCGAUUAACCGGAAAUAUGGUGCAUGCACUAGGACCAACUCAAAUAGAGGGUACAUUCCGUCUGUCAUGUGAGCAUGUUCUAACAAAGUUACGUGCUGGUAAAGAGGUGUUACUGACCAUUUUGGAUGCGUUCGUCUACGAUCCGCUAGUGGAUUGGGCUGCGGCGCAUGAUCAUUUGGUAUCAAAUGCUACUGUUGGUGUUGCAACUACACUGGCUGUCUACGGUAUGUGUAUGACGCAUGUUCACUUAAUUUUAAAGUUUUUAGUUCCAUUGAGUCGAUUUUCGAAAGCUUCAGCCAGUACUUUUGUUUGUUUUGUUUUAAUAAAAUGGAUUGUUUGUUGUGAGACUGGAAUAAUCGAAAAAUUAUGCAAAUUUUUGUGGAGCGUUCACCAAAUGUUGAUAAUGAAUUCAGUGUUUUUUCAACUGAUUGCGAGAGAUUUUAGGCACGGAUGCACGCGCUGA